GUAUUUUGGGUUAGCGGUUAGCGUCGUUUUUCUGGUUUUUGUAGUUGGAUUGGAUAAUUUUUCCAAUACUGUGGGUGAAAUUAUUUCAAUCAUAGUAUUAAAUUUGUGAUAAGUAAGUUAACUGUUUCAUAAUGAGUGUCGAAGAAGAAGUGCUUAGGAUACAAAAGAAACUGAAUAAAAUGACAUCUGAAGAUGGAACUGGCCAGGAGCAAGCUCUGGAUCUCCUCAAAGAACUACAGACAUUGAACAUAAAUUUAGAAGUACUGACCAACACACGAAUAGGAAUGACUGUAAAUGCUUUGAGAAAAUCCAGCAAAGAUGAGGAAGUCAUAAGUUUGUCCAAAACUCUAAUAAAAAAUUGGAAGAAAUUCUUGUCUGACACAAAUUCAAGUGAAAAAUCGUCCAGCAGUAGUUCCUCCAAGCCAAAAAAAGAUAAAGAAGACAAACCAGUUCAUGAGGAAAAGGAAAGAGAAAAAGAUAGAUCCUUACCCAAGCAGUUUCCAGCCAGUUCAAAUACCACAGACUCUGUUAGACUGAAGUGUAGAGAGAUGCUCACAAAUGCACUGAAAACUGAUUCAAAUGAGGAAGAUUUUGAAGGUUGUGCUUCUGCAGAGGAACUGGCAGAAGAACUAGAAGAAGCCAUCUUCUCAGAGUUCAGGAACACUGACAUGCGUUACAAGAACCGCGUCCGCUCCCGGAUAUCCAAUCUCAAAGACCCCAAAAACCCCACCCUCCGGACCAAUUUCCGGAUCGGAGCCAUAACCGCCUCCAGACUGGCGGUGAUGACAGCCGAAGAGAUGGCCAACGAUGAAGUGAAGCAGCUGCGAGACAAAUUCAUGAAGGAGGCGAUCAACGAUGCUCAGCUGGCGACGGUGCAAGGCACCAAGACGGACAUGCUGAAAUGCGGUAAAUGCAAGAAGAGGAAUUGCACUUACAACCAGCUGCAGACGAGGUCGUCUGAUGAACCCAUGACCACUUUUGUGCUGUGCAAUGAAUGCGGCAACAGGUGGAAGUUUUGUUGAUUUUUGUGAGGCUAAGGGUUUUAUUGAUUUUAUUUUGUUUAAUUUUCAUGAUAAGUGCUAUGUCUUAUCCAUCCGAUUUGCUGUGUAUCUUUAGAACUAGUUAAUAAAGAUCUUCAAUUUGACCAAAGUGUGUGCUUUAUUUUAUUGAAAAUGAGAUAGGUUGCACAAAAUUGUAAUGAGAAUAAUGUUCCUUCAGAAUUUUAAAAAUUGCAUAGCAUAGAAAAUUUGAAAUACCAAUCUGAUGAAAUGUGGGAUGAAAUGUUUUAAAUCUGGUAUUAAAUGAAAUAAUAAUAAACAACCUAGUUUUAUUUUUAAAUAUAUCUGAAAUAUAAAUACAAUAUUACCAUAAUUUAAUGAAUUUCACAGAAACCUAACAUUGAUACCUGAAUCAACCAAAAUAGUUGGGCAGGAAUUAUGCAUAAAUGAAAUGGUAAAACUGCUCAAAAAUCAACUACCUAGUAUACAGGAAAGACCAUUCAAACAUAAUUAUGUUUCUCCUUCUGUUGAACUGGGUUUUGUGUUUAGUCUAUGUUGAGGAUUUAUGUGUCUCAAUUAUAAAAAUCCCACUAAUUUGACUGGAAAUGACUUGAUAUUUAUUUUAUACUGAAAUUUUAAUAACUUAUGACACUGAUUCAUUAAGUAUUAAACUACAC